AAGUAUUAUUACUGUCGAAACAAUUUUUUUAAAGAAAAAUUUUAGCAUAUUAUUUUCUAAUUCGAGUAAUUUCCAUUUUCUCUCUCUUCUACUUGUAUUUUGUGGCUGUGAACCCAGAAAAGCAAACCCAACAGCAUUUCGUAACCAAAAAACCACAAAAAUUCAACAAUGGCUCUCAAUCUCAAUCCUGUUUCUUCUCCAUUCCAAUGUCGUCGAUUACCUUCUUUCUCUACUCGUCGAUUGCCCAAUGUCAGAUCUCCCAAAUUUGUCAUGGCUUCCACUCUCAGCAGCUCUUCUCCUAAGGAAGCAGAAAGCUUGAAGAAGCCUUUUACCCCUCCACGUGAGGUGCAUGUGCAAGUAACACAUUCCAUGCCACCAGAAAAGAUAGAGAUAUUCAAAUCUCUAGAAGGUUGGGCGGAAGAGAAUCUCCUGGUCCAUUUGAAACCUGUUGAGAAAUGUUGGCAGCCUCAAGAUUAUCUUCCUGAUCCAGCUUCAGAGGGUUUUCAUGAUCAGGUCAAGGAGCUCCAAGAGAGGGCAAAGGAGAUCCCAGAUGAUCUCUAUGUGGUUUUGGUUGGGGACAUGAUCACAGAAGAAGCUCUUCCAACUUACCAGACUAUGCUUAAUACCUUGGAUGGAGUCAAGGAUGAAACUGGUGCCAGUCCUACUUCAUGGGCUCUCUGGACAAGAGCAUGGACGGCUGAAGAAAAUAGGCACGGUGAUCUUCUCAACAAAUACCUCUAUCUUACUGGCCGAGUGGAUAUGAGAUCAAUCGAGAAAACAAUCCAAUAUCUGAUUGGGUCAGGAAUGGAUCCUAGGACUGAAAACAAUCCUUAUCUAGGUUUUGUGUACACAUCAUUUCAAGAAAGGGCAACCUUUGUAUCCCAUGGAAACAGUGCAAGGCUUGCCAAAGAGCACGGGGAUCUCAAGAUGGCACAGAUAUGUGGCAUAAUUGCUUCAGAUGAGAAACGACAUGAAACCGCUUACACCAAGAUAGUGGAGAAACUCUUUGAAAUUGAUCCUAAUGGAACAGUUCUUGCUUUUGCUGACAUGAUGAAGAAGAAGAUCUCUAUGCCGGCCCACCUCAUGUAUGAUGGCCGUGAUGACAAUCUAUUUGACCAUUUUUCUGCUGUUGCUCAGCGGCUUGGAGUCUACACUGCAAGGGACUAUGCUGACAUAUUGGAAUUUUUGGUCGGCCGUUGGGAGGUUGAGAAGCUUACUGGCCUCUCAUCAGAGGGACAAAAGGCUCAGGACUAUGUAUGCAAUUUACCCCCAAGAAUCAGAAAGCUGGAAGAGAGGGCUCGGGAGAGAGCUAAGCAAGCACCUACUAUGCCCUUCAGUUGGAUUUGUGAUAGACAGGUCAAGCUUUGAGCUCCUGAUGUCUGAACCCUUAUUGAUUGAAGAUUAGCACUCUCCUAGUGGCAGGAGCUUGUAAGCUGAGGUGUGUUUGUUAGAGGAACAAUUAUUUUCAUGCUGAUCUGGUAGAUGUGCUCAUGUGCCCCAAAGUGAUUUUGUUUAGAGGGAGUCUGGCUGCGUGUAGAUACGUUUAUUUCUUUCUUUACCUCAAAUCUUUCGUAUGAUUGGGAGGUUAGUAAACGUCUAUAUUGAACUUAAAAUGGAUUCAUAGGUCGUAUUGUAUUUGUUUUCUAGUCUUUUGUUACUGAAUAAUUCUAAUAUAGCAAUUUUGAAUGUGAUGGAUUUAGGGUAUGACAUGUGCUACUCUUCAGAUGCUGUUAACUUGGAAACAUUAUCGUAAACUUACUCUAGUCCCUAAACCAUUGUGAUUAUUUGUAUA